AUGACCCUCUUACCCUUGGCUAUCCUAUUUCUGUUACACGUCCCGUUUGUUUGCUCCUCACUGCCGAGCAUCAAUGGCACCAGCCUCAGUACACUCAACGUCAGUGACCCUUCAUCCUACAGUAACACCAGAUCGCUGUGGGACAUUAUCUGGAGUUGCGCCGCGACUCUAUUCGCAUGCACAUGGACUGCAGUUCACCCAAACAUCCCAGGUAUGGACGAAGGGAAAUUCAUUGUUUUCUCUCGUCGCCUAGGCAUCAUGAUGAUGGCGUUAAUCGCCCCAGAACUUAUGAUUAUCUGGGCUACUGUACAGUUUCUAAGUGCUCGUGACACCGUAAAGGACUUCAAUGAUGCCUUUGGUGCACAACUUCACCAGACCCACAGCGCCUGUGCAGAUAUCGGAGAGAGUACAGCUACGUUGCUUAGUGAGAUUCCAACAUCGGAUAGAACAAACAGCCCGCAUCUGAGCGCUCCGCAUGUUACAAAUCGCGCUUUUAGAGAGUGGACAAUGACGCAUGGUUUUUUCGCAUGGAUGGGUGGAUUCAUGCUCUACUUAGAUGACAAGCCGCGAGCCACUCUUAAACCCAAGGAACUUAAGCGCUUUGUUCUUGAGGGCUCUGUGGAAAUGCCCAUCAUCGUGGAGGCAGAUAUAGAAGAUCGAAGCAAGGGUGACGCAUUAUCCAAAGGUAUUGCCAUUCUUCAGCUGGCGUGGUUCGUCCUCCAGCUUGUCGCCCGUUACAUUCAAAACCUUCCGGUGACACUACUCGAACUCGACACUCUUGCUGUAGCUGCCCUGACCAGUAUUGCCUAUGGCUUUUGGUGGAAGAAGCCCAAGGAUGUAGGACGUCCUCAUGCUGUUUAUUGGAGAGCAACAGCCUCUCCACCGAGAAAAUUAGCCUAUGAGUAUGUCGUGAAUAUUCUUACUUGA